AUAACCGGGAACCGGCCUCUCUCCGCCCGACACCCCCCCCCCCCCGCGGGAGAGUGUGGUACCGAGCGAUGAACAAACAGAAGGAAGGUGCCGCUGCCUCCGUUAUUUUGAAGUAUUUGAAUGACCAGAAUCGGCCAUACAGUGCACAAGAUGUUUUUGGGAAUCUCCAGCGAGAAUACAGCUUUGGGAAAACAACUGCAGUGAAAGCUCUUGAGCAGCUAACUCAAGAUGGUAAAAUAAAAGAAAAGGUUUAUGGGAAACAGAAAAUCUACUUUGCUGAUCAGAGUCAGUUUGCAGCUGUUAGUGAAGCUGAUUUGAAGACCCUAGACAUUGAGAUCAGUGAGCUGAGUGAGAAGUUCCAGAAUGUUCAACAGAGCUGUCGGCAGAUGGAAGCAGAACUUAAAGAGCUCAAUAGUUCGAUGACAACCGAAGAAGUGUCUUUGGAAAUUGCAGCAUUAAACCAGGAAUGUGCAUCACAUCAAAAGAGACUGCAAAAAAUCAAAUCUGCAAGCAAUCACGUUGCCCCAGAGGAUAAAGAAAAGGUUUAUGAUGAACGAAAGCUCUAUGUGAAAGAGUGGAAGAGAAGGAAGAGAAUGGUUGGUGAUUUGACUGAUGCAGUUCUGGAAGGGUACCCCAAGAGCAGAAAGCAAUUUUAUGCAUCUGUGGAUGAAGUUGCAUGGAUAUCUAUUUAAAGUCAGGAUCUCGUAUAAGUGUUCUUCAUCUUUCCUGCUUAGUUCUGGAGUGUUGCAGUAUGUCUUUGCCUGUUUCAAUAGUCUCCUAAUGCAGCUUUGGUUGUGGACUUUGGACUGGCUGCUGCAGAAGUUGAGGAUUUGAAACACCCUUUUCAUGAAUCACUACUUUAACAUCCAGAAACAUAAGUUGAUUCUUGUUCUUCUUUCCUUAUAAAUUUAAUUCCUGUGAAUUGCUGUCGAUAAGGUGGUGGGUCCAUCCUAAUUUGUUGCAUUUAAUAAUGACAAAUACGCCAUCUAUAUACCGAAUCCACAAUUUAGGCUGAAUGUGACGGAAGGUAGUGUGUUCUAGUCUUUGCAAUGACUGCUUCUGAGAUUAGUCCCAAGAUGGGUGACCCUAUUGGUGCACUGUUGAUCUGUUUGUAUAUUUGACCAUUGAACAAAGAUGAUUUUAAACUAAAACAAAGUUGUACACACAAAGGACGUCACAGGCAUAUCAUCGAAGUGGUAGCAAACCUCAAGAUGCCUUGCCUAGAGCAACUGACCACAGGCAAAGGCCUCUGCUAUGGCAACUGUGCGCAUGACGGGGCUUCAAAUGGAAUAAGACUGCUAGCAAAUGAAACUGAAUAGCCAAAAUAGUUGGAAGAGAAAUAAGAAAUCCUACAAAAUGGAAGUCGAGUUUGAAAAACAGAGAUUGCACACAAUCCCAUGCUUGUGUGGGCUUGUUUCUGCAGUAUCAAAUAUUUAAAAUUAAAUUUCCUUUUCAUAUUUGAAAUGUCUUUUACCUAUCGAUUAAUGUUUGAAAUAUGCUAACAAAAUCUGAUUUGCUAAAGUUUUGUAAAGUGAAAUCCUGUCCUUUCUUUUCACUAGCGUCAUAGGAAUUAAUUUUUCUUAAAAUUAAUUAUCUCUUUCGGGAUCAGAACAGGUUUUCAGCAGGUAAGUGCUGAGGCUAUUUCCUUUGGCUGAAGUGUUUCAGAUAGGGCAGAUCUUUUUCGGGCUGAGAUGAGAAACAUCUUCAUUCAAAGGAUUGCAAAUCUUUGAAAUUCUCAAGCUGACAGGGCUUGGAAUGCUCAGUUGUUAAAGGUAUUUAAAUCUGUAAUUACUACAUUUUUGGAUUCUAAGGAGAUCAGGAUACAUGGGAGUACGUUGGAAAAUUAGAGUUGAGACCAAAGAUCAGCCAUGAUCUUAGUAAAUGGCAGAGCACCCUCAAGGGCACAACGCCGUAACAUCUUACAAGAAAUUGAUUAACUUUUUUAAUGACAUACCUCCAGGUCAGGUAAAACUUGAAUGUGAACCUACUGGCCUAGAGACAGGGGCACUACCAACUAUGCCACAAGUCCCUCUCAUGGCCUUAUAAUGAACCUAUUUGUUUUUCUGAACAUUUUCAAAUCAUCAACGUCAAUUCACAUCUUUAGUUAGAAUAAA